ACCUGUUCUCAUUUCAUAAAAUUAGGAGAAACAGACUUGCUACCUUUUGGGCACAUGUUUUAUUUCCUUGGGGUGGGAGGAGUAAUUGCUUAUUAUGCCAGUUAAAAACCAUUCGUGAUGUUUAAAAAACAGUUUGUCAAGUUAGUCCCCUCUUCCUUUUUUGUUUGGAAAAUGUCUUACAAGCUUGAAGACGUGGUAUUCAAGUUAUCUGUUUACAUUUUGAACAAGUUGAAAUCAUCGCAGAAGGAUAAAGUUCGUCAGUUUAUGAUCUUCACACAAUCUAGUGAAAAAACAGCAGUAAGUUGUCUGUCUCAAAAUGACUGGAAGUUAGAUGUUGCAACAGACAAUUUUUUCCAAAAUCCUGAACUUUAUAUACGAGAGAGUGUAAAAGGAUCAUUGGACAGGAAGAAGUUAGAACAACUAUACAAUAGAUACAAAGAUCCUCAAGAUGAAAAUAAAAUUGGAAUAGAUGGUAUACAGCAGUUCUGUGAUGACCUGGCACUGGAUCCGGCCAGCAUUAGUGUGUUGAUCAUCGCGUGGAAGUUCAGAGCAGCAACACAGUGCGAGUUCUCCAAACAGGAGUUCAUGGACGGCAUGACAGAAUUAGGAUGUGACAGCAUAGAAAAACUAAAGGCCCAGAUACCCAAGAUGGAACAAGAAUUGAAAGAACCAGGACGAUUUAAGGAUUUUUACCAGUUUACUUUUAAUUUUGCAAAGAAUCCAGGACAAAAAGGAUUAGAUCUAGAAAUGGCCAUUGCCUACUGGAAUUUAGUGCUUAAUGGAAGAUUUAAAUUCUUAGACUUAUGGAAUAAAUUUUUGUUGGAACAUCAUAAACGAUCAAUACCAAAAGAUACUUGGAAUCUUCUUUUAGACUUCAGUACAAUGAUUGCAGAUGACAUGUCUAAUUAUGAUGAAGAAGGAGCAUGGCCUGUUCUUAUUGAUGACUUUGUGGAAUUUGCACGCCCUCAAAUUGCUGGGACAAAAAGUACAACAGUGUAGCACUAAAGGAACCUUCUAGAAUGUACAUAGUCUGUACAAUAAAUACAAUGGAAAAUUGCACAGUCAAUUUCUGCUGGCUGGACUGAACUGAAGAUCAAUCCUCACAAUUCAGACUGAGGGUUGAGACAAAACUUUAAGGAUACAUCUUGGACCAUAUCGUAUUUCAUUCUUCUAAUGGUGGUUUGGGCUUGUCUUCUAGUCUGGGCCGCUCUAAACAUUUAUUAUUCCAACAUUGUGGAUUUCAUCUUAUAUCUGUGGACCAUCCUAGUUUAUUCUCCCAUAAGUCUUAGAAGCUUUAUGGUGAUUAUUUUGAAGUUUCCAUUCUUGCAUAAAGCACAAUGCUGUCUUCAUCAGAAAACAGUUUGGCAUAAGAAUUAAACAUGUGAACAUCACAAUUUAUAAAAACUUCUUAAAUAUAUGCUUUGGGCUAGUUGCAAAGACUAUGCUGAUAGCACUUCCAGUGAGAGUGAUAUAUUUAAGUGUACCAGAUCUGGAAUGGUGUUUUGGUAUGGGGGGAUUUUUUUUUUUCCUGGCAAAUCACAUGUAUUGUUAACGUGAGUAGAGUAUCUGUUGAAAAAAAAGUCAAAAUAACCAACGUGAAAAAUUUUUAGGAUAACUUGGUGUGCCUACCCAAAAUUUUACUGUGUUUUAGACCCUCGAUUUCAGAAGGUUCCACAGAUCUAGUCUGCACUUAUCUUACCCAUGUUUAUAUAUAGUUGUCUUACAGGGGGUUUUAUUUAGAAAAACAUCUGCAUAAUGUUAGAUUCUACUCCUGUCUACAUUAUGCACUCCAUAAUUGGAUUUCAUUAUGAUUUUGAAACGCUGAUAUGCCUGUCGAGUAAGUUAAACUAUUUAAUUUGUUUUGAAUGUUUUAGAUUGCUACAUAAUACAAUAUUCUAAAUUUAGGCAUGAGGGUUUAUUUUUGUUUUUGGGGUUUUUUUUGGUCAGCGCACUAUGGAACACAAAUGAAAUUCUCUUAAUUUAUAAGAAGAUAGUAGGAAUUAAAUUUUGAAAAUGGUUGUAAUGAGCCAUAAAGUUCAAUUCUUAUAGGUACUGCUCUUUCAGACAAAUAGUCCAUUUUUGAUGACUUCUUAUUUUGUUGAAGUUGCUUUAACUGCUAAUCACUGUGGUUGCCAAAUAUUUCAGGAGCAAAGAUUUUCAAGCAGGCAUGCACUUGAUGCAAAGUACCAAUCUGGCUUCUAUUUUCAUAAAUUAUUUAAUUUUUACUGUUCUUUGUUUCACUCAGAUUAGCUCAGUUUUCACAUCAAAGCAGCACUCUGUCUUGUAUGUUUCUUUUUUUUCCCUUCAUUACAAGACCCAUGAACUGCUUUCAUGCUGAAAAUGCUCAUUUCUUUGUUCACUUCUUGACCUGUGAAGAAGGGUUUAUUGCUUUCUUAAACAUUUCUAUAAGGCAGGUUAAAAAAUGUAAAAUUUCUGAUAUUGGAUGACUGGUUUUUAGCAGGAGUAGAUUUUGCUUGGUGUAUCCAGGCACUCUAAGUUCUAAUGUUGAAAUUAUCAAAGGUAUGUACUUCAGAAUAGCAGUACAUUAUAAGGUAUAUGCGGAAAUGAUUUUAAGAAACAAUGAUAUAUUAAAACUACUUUUUAUUUACGAUUUUGAAAUUGACUAGAAAGCUUUCCCCAUAGAUAUUAAUAUUCUAAUCAUAACUUUAAUUCAAGAAUAUGAUUCUAUCAAAAGAAAAUUUUGAAAAUUUCUAUUCAGGUUACUGGAAUUGGUUAUUAAAAAAAGAAAAAAGAAGAAUCCUGCUGCUUUCAGUAUUUCCUGAUUUCAUAUUUGUAAAUAUUAAGAGGAACUUCAAUUAUGAAAAAUUUUUAAAAGAUAUAUAUAUAUAAAUGUACUAUUUUGUUUCCUGUCUUGAAGAUUUUGAGUUAUGGUAUUGUUUUUGAAUUGAUUAAUUAAUUCCGGUAUGCUGUGUUUUGAAAUGAGAUCCGAUUAGCUUUUUUUCCCCAAUAUAAAUUGUUUUUCAUAAAAGUCUGAUAUUGAUUCGUGGCCUAGUGCCUUGGGUUUUACAGACUUUUCCUUUUAAAUGCAAGACCUUUUCAACAAAAUAGUGUUUGUCAUCAGUUUGGUACUAAACAUUUAUAAUUACUAUGUAAUUAUAAACAGAAAAAUACAUAAAGCUUUGAAUAUAAUCAUGUAGCAUAAAAGUUAAGGUUGUUAACUCUAUGAUGGCAUCUUAGAAUUAAACAAUACUAUUACUAGGGCUGAAAAGAGAAGACUGAUUUAAUGUGGUGUGGUUAUUCUGAGGAUACAUGUCUGGUUACAGGGAAUAUUUUGUACUAAAAAAUGCUUACACAUAAUGGCCGUGUGUGUGUGCGUGUGUGUGAAAGAGAGAGAUUGACAGGUUGAAAGAGACACACAUGCUCACACACACAUGCACACACACACACACACACAACUUGAAUUGCUUUAAUUCAUUAGUGUUUCAGUCUUCAUUCUGGUAAACUCCCCAUGCUGAUUCUUUGUUUUAAACUGAACCACAGGUACAGUUUCCUUUUUGCCAAAUGUCAAAACAGGUACACAUUUUACAAUGUAAUGCUUUUUAAAUAGUAAAGUGUAUAAAAUUAGAAGUGCCCACAUAUAAAAAUACUUGAGAUCAAGAUUAUCUUUAGUGACUAUCAUCUGCAUAUCUCUGUAAGUUCAAUUGUGUUUCUUACAUCCCUGUCAUAUUACCAACAGAGGCAAUAAAAGCUUCAGUGAAAUUGCCA